AUGGCGACCGACGCGGGCGACGAGGACGUCCAUCGCGCGGGCGUGGACGUCGCGCGCGGGCGAACGAGCGCGCGAGCGAUCGAGGCGGCGGGGCGAAAGGCGCGGCGGGGACGCGGGCGCGGCGAGGCGAAUCGCCCGGCGCGCGCGUCGACGGACGACGGCGAUGCGAGGGAGGGAGGGAGGAUGGAAACGCGUGUAAACGCGUGCGCGAACACGGCGGUGUUCGCGCGAGCGGUGGUGCGAGCGCUGGAGAGGGAUGACUCGGAGGGGACGCGGGCGCGGAGACGAGGGACGGACGCGUGCGUGGCGAGACGAAGAAACGAGCGCACGGGCGCGGAGUGUUGGACCGUCAUCGCGCGCGCGAGCGCGAACGGAGGGGGGGGGGGUGAUGACGUCGAGGGGACGAGAACGAUGUGCUUCCGCAUCGACGAGAGCGGAGAAGCCGCGGCGAGGACCAAGGCGGCGGAGUUCACCACCACGGCGACGUUCGACGCGUGGGUUCUCGGAUCAAAGUGCACGGAUGGGCCGAAGAAGGCAGGUCUUGGGAGCUCGACGACGCGCGCUAAAAAGCAUCAUUACGCGUACAGUGGAAUCAUGGGAGAUGACGUCAUCGAUUGCGCAUGCGGCGACAACGAAGAGUAUGGUUUCAUGGUUGCGUGCGAAACGUGUGGGGUGUGGGAACACGGCCCUUGCUGCGACAUUCACGCGGAAGAAGAGAUUCCGAAGGAUUAUAUGUGCUCACGUUGCGUUCGGCGCGACGAAAAGUCGGUGGUCGUGCUCGACUUUGCGAGUGAAGAAAAGAAGCAUGCGCGUUUGCCUUUGGAGGACGAGAUACAAGGCAACCAUUUCGGCACCGUUGACGAUGUUGUCUCUAUUCUUCAAAACGAACGCAUCGUCGUUUGCUGCCUGUGCGGUUGCGAAGAUUGUGAUGGUGAUUACGCCCCGAUGGUACGCGCAUGUGCGUGCCGCGGUGGCGGUGCUAUCGCACACUUGAGCUGCAUGAAGAGUUUCAACAAUUCUCAAAAGGCUUCCAACGCGAGCGCUCGCGGCUCAGCUGGCGGCACCGAAACCACGACGUGCAAGGCGUGCGGUGACUUCGGUGGUAAGGCGUCUGGUAUCGUGGAUCCUGAAAAAGUAGACGAAAUCUUGCGGGUGCUAGCCAAAGCCGUAGAUGACGCGCGCGAGAAGAACGAAGAGGAAAUGUCGGCGUACCGAGCCAAUCCGCGGCAGAGACGACCGAAAUCUUCUGCUGUAAACGCAAAACUGAAGAAUGCACCUGAAUCCAAAGUGAAGGUUGAACAGAAGAGAACUACGGGACAAAGGGCUCAGAUGGAGAAGGCGACCGGUACAGCUACUGGCACAACGACGCCGCCGACACCGCCCACAGCCGAGAAAGCCAAGCUUUCUGGAACACCCACGUCGAUGCUCCCUCUCAAGAAGAGACGCAUGAUAGCGUGGGACUCUGAGCAGAAAGUUAGAAGCAGUGUGCACGCUAAACUGAACGGCCUCGCUGAAAAUGUGAAGCCAGAAAGGUUGGAGCUUACCAACAACAUUGAUUGA